AUGUCUAAUGAAGCUUCUGUGGAUGACGAGGUGGCCGCCAGAGUCAGGGCUGCCGUUGCAGGUGACUUCAAGUCUGAGCAUGUCAACGGCUUCCCUAUGAGGCCCGAUCAGGGGUCGAUUGACCUGGGAUCGAUCGAUGCUCGAUCCUCGAAGCCUCCAGUGAAGGAGGAUGACGUGGAUCGCGACAAGAGGCGCGAGUCCACGGAGAAGCUGAAGCUUUCGAAGGACGCCCGCUCCAUGGACGAGGAGGUCAAGGCUUCCCCUGUCACGAAGCGAACGUCUUGGCCCAUUGGGCUCCACUCCGUCGAGGAGGAGAGGAAGAAGGCAAAGGAACAGCGCGAGCGGGAGUCGCAGCAACGGCUGCAGGAGGGGCAGCAACAACCGCGGCCGGACGGAGAAGAAGGAAAGGAAGGGCGGCGGCAACAAAUAGAACGGCUCGAGGAGUUGCUGGAGCAGGACCGGCAGCAGGAGCUGUUGGAGCAGGACCGGCAGCAGGAGCUGCUGGAACUCCAGAGGCAGCAACGACAACAGAGCCAGCAGUUAGAAGAACUGCUCGAGCCGCCGCCGCGAAGCCCACCCCAGCCAGUGCCAACGUCGCCAUGGAGGCCUGAGACCGGGGAGGAGGGUCUACCGGUCUAUGGUCCGUCGACCCCUGCGUGGCUCCGUCUGGGAGUGCCCACUUCUAUCUCGGCUGAGCCAGGGCGGGCGGAUGGCGUGGUGGUGCUUGCUUGCAUGAUGCGUACCCCGGUGGACCCUCAAUCAGAAAUUAAGGGGAUCAUCGGGAGGGCAUGA